CGCGAGAGAGUGGCCAGAGGAAAUUAAGAACCAUAGAACUAUAUUUUGAAAUUUUACUUUCGUGUACAUAGCGAGAGUGUGAACAUUUUAGUAUACAUACCUGGCACCGUCUUUAUUUACUACCAUAUCGGUGCUAACUAUUCUUGGAGCACUUUAUUGCGAUCGACGAUUCAAAUAGAAUAUGUGUGGAAUACUUUGUUGUAUGGGCUCGACCCUAGAGCCUCGCGGCCUGCGCGAGAAGAUGCUCAAACUAUCGCGUAGAAUGAGACACCGUGGACCCGACUGGUCUGGUAUGCAUAUGCAACACCCUGCCGGAAACACUCAGGCGACGACUAUCCUUGCACACGAGCGAUUGUCCAUUAUCGAUCCCGAAUCAGGAGCUCAGCCUCUAUUCGCCAACCAGAUGGAUGUCUGCCUUUCUACCAACGGAGAAAUUUACAACCACGAGAAGCUUAGGGCCAAGUUCGUCCCUGAUGCCAAGUUCACCACCGCGUCUGAUUGUGAGGUCAUUGCUCACAUGUACGCCAAGAUGGGCGCACAAUGUGUUCAGUACCUCGAUGGCAUGUUCGCUUUCGUAGUGUCGUGCGAGUCCACCGGAGAGUUCAUUGCCGCUCGUGACCCAAUUGGAAUUUGCCCUCUGUACUACGGACGCAGUGGUGAUGGUGCUAUGUGGUUCUCCUCCGAGAUGAAGUCAUUGCACGAUGAGUGUGUGAGCUUUGAAUCAUUCCCUCCCGGACACUACUACGAUUCUAAGUCAGACGAAUUCGUAGCCUACUACAAACCCAAGUUCUGGGACCUAGACUGGUGUCCCGAACCCAGCGAAACUCCCGAGAUGCCCCCACUUGAGCAGCUUCGUGAAGCAUUCGAAGCAGCCGUUGAGAAGCGACUCAUGUCUGAUGUCCCUUACGGUGUGCUAUUGUCCGGCGGAUUAGAUUCUUCACUGGUGGCCUCGGUCGCGUCGCGCAAGAUUGCCGCACGUCAGGCAGAGGCGAGCGAUUCACACGACACGCGUGUGAUGACCACCGGUCUGCACUCGUUCUCUGUGGGACUUGUGGGAUCACCCGAUCUGAUUGCGGCGAAGAAGGUGUCAGAGUUCCUGAAGACCAAGCAUCACGAGUUCACAUUCACGAUCCAGGACGGUAUUGACGCGCUCAGGGAUGUGGUCUACCACUUAGAGACAUACGAUGUGACGUCUAUCCGUGCGUCUACACCCAUGUACUUGAUGUCGCGUAAGAUCAAAGCUCUGGGUGUGAAGAUGGUGCUGUCGGGCGAGGGAGCCGACGAGAUCUUCGGUGGAUACCUGUACUUCCACAAGGCGCCUAACAGAGAGGAGUUACACAAGGAGACCGUGCGCAAGCUGCAAGCGCUGCACUUGUACGAUUGCAACAGAGCCAACAAGUCUACCGCCAGUUGGGGUGUCGAGGCUCGUGUGCCGUUCUUGGACCAGGACUUCAUGAACGUGGCCAUGACGCUCGACCCCGCCUUCAAGAUCAUUGGCGGCAAGGACUGGGAUGGACAGAAGAAAAUCGAGAAGUGGGUUAUGCGCAAGGCGUUCGAUACCAAGGAGAACCCUUACCUACCCGAGGAGGUACUCUGGAGACAGAAGGAACAGUUCAGUGACGGUGUAGGAUACGGGUGGAUCGAUGGGCUACAGGAUCAUGCUGCUGUGACGGUCAGUGAUCAGCAGUUGAAGACAGCGAAGCAUCGUUUCCCACACAAUACCCCUGGAACCAAGGAGGCAUACUUAUACCGCACUAUCUUCGAAGAGCUCUACCCCGAGAAGCCCGCAGCAGAGACUGUCCCCGGAGGACCAUCUGUCGCGUGCAGUACCGCCAUUGCAGCUGAAUGGGAUGCUAGUUGGAAGGGCAAGGAAGACCCCAGUGGUCGCGCUGUUGGUGUGCACGAGUCGGCGUACGAGUGAUCAGUAUAGCAUAACUUAGCAUGGCAUGCCUUCGAAUGUAGAUACACAGGGUAUGUGCAGCAUGCUCACAUCUCUGAAUUUGGGGAUUGCAUAUCUGCGGAACUCAGAUGACGUGGGCAAGAUGGCCGCGUGAGAUGUCUUUUCGAAGGGACUGCAUACAUGUUAAAAAUUAUAGAAUAGAAAAGUUUGCCGGCGGCAAUAUAGUUAGUCCUUCCUCUUGUAAAUAGCCGUGCCGCUGUGCGACAUUGACUGUACGAUAUUUAAAUCGAGUACUGUACUGAUUCCUGGGAGUAUUCCGGAGAUGAUUCUAUUAACAUCAGAGUUUUACCUGAUAUGUGAAAUAAAUAUAGUAUCCGACGAACAACGAACAUGUAUGUACGUACAUUCGUGCACUCCGAUAUAAAAUGAGCAUGGCUGAUA